AUGAAAUUAUGCUGCGAGUUAUGUACCACUACUGAAAUUCCUUUACAAAUAAUUUGCUUUUCAAUUCAGUACGAUCGUCUCCAAUACGUAAUUUACGAAUUGGAAGACUUUUGCAAGCGAGCGAAACCAGAGGAGAGAAAUAUUUUUCAUCGAUACAUUAACAGUUGUAAAUCGAUUUAUAUAGGCUCAAUAUGCGCCUUCACCGUUACCGGCUUGUUGCUUAUCAUCAGUCCUGUAGUAGAACCUCAUCCUUUUCCAAUCGAUAUAGAGUAUCCGUUUUCUGUGGAUUAUCAACCUUUAAAGAUUAUCAUUUAUCUACAUCACAUAUUACUCAUAUAUCAAAGUUAUGCGCAGCGACAACCAAUGUCAGUAAAAUCAACAUUUUUAAUUUUCUUCAUUUCGUCUCUUGCAAAAGUAUAUUUAUGUGCAUGGCCAGCCGAUCAUUUGUUAAAUGCAAGCACUGAUAUUGCACAUGCUGUAUAUGAAUCGAUAUGGUAUGAAGGGAAAGUUGAUUUCCAAAAAAAUUUUUUGCACGCUCUAUUGCGUGCGCAACAACCUAUAGCUGUAAACGUACCUUGCAUGCUACCGACUGUUUCAUUACAUUAUUAUGCCUCAUAUGUUUCAACUGCCUUCUCUUAUCUGGCUACUUUUCGAAUUAUACUUGAAGAAAGCGGUGAGGAUUAA